AUGACAGGCACAGUGCAGGAUUCACACAGGCUGUCUGUGAAAACAUGGACAGAGGACGAGAGCGAGCGAGCUGACAGCACGCUUAGCAGAGCACAGUCAAUGUGUGAUGACACUUCUUCAGAGCUUCAGAGAAUGGCAGCCAUUGACAGGAGGGAUAUUAAUUCCCAGAAUUCCUUUCAUGGUCGAGGUGCUCUGUCCAGGAUAGUUGGCAUGGUGAUGACCUUGAGAGAAUGGGCGCAGAAGAGUCUGACUGAUGAGACGGAGCGGCCGGACUCCUUCUUGGAGCGCUUCAGAGGCCCCGUCCAAGCGGACAUGCAAGCCCCGCCCAGCAGGUUCAGCCACAGCCACACUGGCUCUGAUGCAGAGAAAGAAAACAGGCACUCCAGACGCACGAGAUGGAAGUGUAACGUCGUGGUCUUAUCACCAUCUGAUGAUGCAUACUACCACUGGCUGAUGGUGAUUGGUGCUGCUGUUUUCUAUAACUGGACCCUGCUAGUUGUCAGGGCCUGUUUCGACGAGCUCCAGAUGAAGAAUGUGUUGGUCUGGCUGGUGCUGGACUACAUCUGUGAUGGAGUCUAUAUCAUGGAUAUAGCAGUGCGUCUCCACACAGGUUUCUUGGAUCAAGGCUUGAUGGUGAAAGAUGUGCAGCGUCUGAGAGAAACCUACGUCCGAACCUUACAGUGCAAACUUGACAUUUGCUCCGUCCUUCCGACUGACCUCCUGUACCUGACCGUGGGAAUCAGCUACACCCCUCUCCUUCGAUUCAACCGGCUGCUGCGCCUGCCCCGCCUGUUCGAGCUGUUUGAACGUACAGAGACACGAACGGGCUACCCCAACGCUUUCCGCAUCUGUAAACUGGUUCUGUACAUCCUGGUGAUCAUCCACUGGAACGCUUGUGUGUACUACAGCUUCUCCAAGAUCUUGGGACUGGGCUCUGACUCUUGGGUUUAUCCCAAUGCAUCAGAUCCUGAGUUUGGCUCCUUGACCAGAAGCUACAUAUACUGCCUGUACUGGUCCACUCUGACGCUCACCACCAUUGGAGAGACACCUCCUCCUGUUAGAGAUGAGGAAUAUCUGUUCCUGAUCUUUGACUUUCUGGUGGGUGUUCUGAUAUUUGCCUCCAUUGUGGGUAACGUCGGAGCCAUGAUUUCGAAUAUGAAUGCCACGAGAGCAGCCUUCCAGAGCCGCGUAGACACCCUGAAGCACUACAUGCACUUCAGACAUGUAAGCAAGGUGCUCGAGCAGCGUGUCAUUCGCUGGUUUGACUACCUCUGGACCAAUCAGAAGACAAUAGAUGAACAGGAGGUGCUGAGGAACCUGCCCAAUAAACUGAGAGCAGAGAUUGCUAUUAAUGUUCACCUGGACACACUGAAGAAGGUGCGUAUUUUCCAGGACUGUGAGGCAGGCCUCCUUGUAGAAUUGGUAUUAAAACUUCGACCACAGGUUUUCAGUCCUGGAGACUACAUCUGCAGGAAGGGGGAUGUGGGCAAGGAGAUGUACAUAAUUAAAGAUGGCCAGCUGGCAGUGGUGGGGGAGGAUGGGGUCACCCAGUUCGCUGUUCUGACCUCAGGAAGCUGCUUCGGAGAAAUCAGCAUCCUGAACAUCAGCGGCAGCAAGAUGGGGAACAGACGUACGGCUAACAUUCGUAGUCUGGGAUACUCGGACCUGUUCUGCCUUUCCAAACAAGACCUGAUGGAGGCGCUGCAGGAGUUCCCCCACGCCAGGGCCCAGCUGGAGCAGAGGGGGCGGGAUAUCCUGCAGAAGGAGGGGCUUCUGGAGGAAGUCAAUGUGUCUGCAGGGGAGGAACUUGAGGAAAAGGUGGAGAGGCUGGAAACCAGUCUGGACCGGCUGCAGACGUGUUUGGCUCGUCUGCAGAGUGAGUUCAACUCUUCCCAGCUUCGACUGAAACAGCGAAUCACGACCCUGGAACACAACACUACCACAGUGGCCACAGGCAGCGGCUUCCUGUCAGACGCUGACGGCAACGAGAGUGUUUCUGGUGGUGACGGCGUACGCAGUGAAAUCAACAUCCGGCUCUGA